AUGUCAGACGUAGAUGAUUUUAUGUGUGAAGAGGAAGAAGAUUACGUUUUGAUGGAAUAUUCAGAGGACAGUAAUUCAGAACCGGAUGUUGAUUUAGAAAAUCAGUAUUAUAAUUCAAAAGCUUUGAAAGAAGAUGAUCCGAAAGCUGCAUUAUCUUCUUUUCAAAAAGUUUUAGAUUUAGAAGGUGGCGAUAAAGGAGAAUGGGGAUUUAAGGCUCUUAAGCAAAUGAUUAAAAUUAAUUUUAAAUUGAUGAUGUUUCGCUAUGAACAAUUGCUUACAUAUAUUAAAAGUGCAGUUACAAGAAAUCAUAGUGAAAAAUCAAUCAAUUCAAUUUUAGAUUAUAUUUCUACAUCAAAAAAUAUGGAAUUACUACAAAACUUUUAUGAAACUACUUUGGAUGCUCUCAAAGAUGCCAAAAAUGACAGAUUAUGGUUUAAAACAAAUACAAAGUUAGGAAAGCUUUAUUUUGAUAGAUCAGAUUUUCAAAGGCUUGCUAAAAUUUUAAAACAACUUCAUCAGUCUUGCCAGACUGAUGAUGGAGAAGAUGACCUCAAAAAAGGUACUCAGCUAUUAGAAAUUUAUGCUCUUGAAAUUCAAAUGUACACAGCGCAAAAAAAUAACAAAAAACUUAAAACAUUAUAUGAACAGUCAUUACAUAUUAAAGCUGCUAUACCUCAUCCUCUUAUCAUGGGCGUUAUUAGAGAAUGUGGUGGCAAAAUGCACUUAAGGGAAGGAGAAUUUGAAAAAGCUCACACUGAUUUUUUUGAAGCAUUUAAAAACUAUGAUGAAUCCGGGAGUCCAAGAAGGACUACUUGCCUCAAAUAUCUUGUAUUGGCUAAUAUGUUAAUUAAAUCAGGAAUUAAUCCAUUUGAUUCUCAAGAAGCGAAACCAUAUAAAAAUGAUCCUGAAAUAUUGGCCAUGACCAAUUUGGUUUCGGCAUAUCAAAAUAAUGAUAUUAAUGAAUUUGAAACGAUAUUAAAACAGAAUAGGCAAAAUAUUAUGGAUGAUCCAUUUAUUCGAGAGCAUAUAGAAGACUUACUUAGAAACAUUAGAACACAAGUUUUAAUUAAAUUGAUAAAACCCUACACGAGAAUUCACAUACCUUUUAUAUCCAAAGAAUUAAAUAUCGAUGCAGCAGAGGUUGAAAGUUUACUCGUAUCCUGCAUACUAGAUAGUACAAUUCAAGGAAGAAUCGAUCAAGUAAAUCAAGUUUUAACUUUAGAUAAAGAAUCCCGGUGUGCUGCUCGAUAUAACGCAUUGGAUAAAUGGACUAAUCAAUUAUGCACACUUCACUUAGCCAUAGUCAAUAAAAUGUAUUAA